AUGCGUCAUUUCGGCUCGAACUUCCUGGUUGUCUCAUUAUUUCUGGCUCAAGCACAUGGAUAUCAGUACCAGCCCCGUGACCUGUCAUCUACUGACACCGCUCUUCCCGCCACGGUCUCGGGAGUCUCCACUGGUUUUGUCUCCGGUCAGAAAGCCGUAACUGCUCAGUUGAAAGCGGAUGCUCACGCUGCCAUCCAGGAUUUCUCUGCUGCGAUCACAAGUGCAUCGGGAAACUCCACCACUCAAUCCUCAGCGGAAACCGCCCAACUGUUUACUACGAUUGUCAAAGGAGCAAUGGCCGCUCCUAUCAAUCAGAACAUUGGCUUAAGCGAUACUCCAUCACAAGACCGCCUGAAUUCAAUGGCUUCCACAAUUAACGCGACUCUAAACAGUAUUAACGACGCGGCAAACAGUAUCUUGAGUAAAUCUAAUGGAGCCUUGCACUAUCAGGAUCUGAAGGACUGCAUCGGGGGAAUGGUUCAGCAGGGUGGUCUCCAUGAUGGCGAAAGCUGCGUAAUGAACGGAAUGUCCAUCACCGGUGUUUCCAACAUUAUGACCAACGUUUUGAAAAACUUUGGUAACAAUGCCAUUCCACCCGCCGUUAUCCAUGAGACCACCAAAGCUCUCGAUCCAUCGUUCACAGCUAUUAUCCCAGGAGAGAAGACUUUCUACGAUUCAGUCAACAAUGCCAUCACAUCGGUGCAAGCCUCCGUCUCUGGUCAGCUGAUCGCUGCUCUCAACGACGCUCAGAACUGCUUUGAAACAGCUAUGAAGUCGGACGGGACAUACGAGCAAAAAAUGCAGUUGACCCAAGAAUGUAACCGCUCCCCCAAAGGAAAGUCCGUGUACAACGAUUUGAAAACAUUGUACUUAUCCGUCACCAACCAGUUCGUAGGCUACCUUCAACCCAACGUGAUUGACUCGGUCCACGACAUUGCUGAUCACUACUUGGACAAAAAUGACACAUCAUCAGACGAGGCUUAUUUCCGUCAAGCCGUCAGGAACACGACAUCCUCACUGGUGGCAUCCAAUGCCGGCAACCAAGUUACAUAUGCAUACAACUUAGCGGACUGCUUAGACAGUGUCAUUGGUACCACCGAUCCCCACGCCGCUUCGAACAUCGCCAACACCAAAGAUUGUUUAACGAAACCUGAUGGUGCACCAGCCUCGGUGAAGCAAAUUGUUUACGGGUACAUCCAACAAAUCUACGGAGUUUUGCCUCCUCAGCUAGCGGCCAAAAUCGAAGCCUCAGGUGUCGGAAAGCUGGAUCCAGCAGACCCACAGUACCAAUCGAAGGUCGCGGCUUUGCACGUCACUUUCGAGAAGACUGACGUCGGACCACAAUACGUGACUUGUUACGAAGCAUUUGUCGACUGUCUGUUCAACGAGAGGAAUGGUGCACUGGAGAAGCCUGGAAAUACUCAAUCCGUUUGUCUUCUGGGAGAUGCAUGCCAGAAGGCACCGGAUGGAAAAGAUAAUCUUGCGGUGCCCUUCGGUCGGAGGUCGCUCAAAUCUUCAUACGCAGAGCACUUGCUUCGCCGCCUCUCGAUGGUGCCUACUAAGACCACUACUCCCACCCAGAAAGCUAGGAUUGUCCGCAAAUACACCAUUACUUUGCCGCAUCGGAGUUAUUUACUCAAUAGUUUCCACUCCAAUUCGUCUUCGCUUUAA